GACAGAAGCUAUUGAGGAACUGCUUGUAUUGUUAUAUUCUACAGUUCAAAUCAUAAGUUUCGUUUUGCUGCUAAAGAUGUACAGAGAAUUGCUCCUCUUGGUUGUCAUAAAUUUUUUUGUUGUUAAUUCGUACUUUAUCGAAGUUUUGGAGCCUCGUAGUUACGCAAACGAAUCAAGAUCCAUGCUAAGAAUGGUCAUGGAUGAAAAGAAUUCCGAACUGAAAGCAAGUGGAUCGUUAUUUUCUCUUCGACUGUCAAACGUCAGUUCUGGACCAAGUGAUGUUUAUAAAAAUGGUUACUCUCUGCUUAAGAGUGACGUCAUUGGUAUAUUUAGCUUGGACCCAGAUCCCCUGGAAGAGUGCAUUCUCAGUAGCAUUUCUGGGAUUCCAUUAUUUCGCCUUCACGACCAGAAAACCGCCAAAGUGGAUCACUUAGGGUUUUCUGAAAACUUGAUCACAAUGUCGGCUGACUACUUUAGCUAUGCCGAAGCAACAGUUCAAAUACUGGGAUCAUUUCAAUGGAGAAAGAUCGCUUUGAUAUUCGAAGGUCAUCGGUUCUACCAAACAGUCUACUUCCAGUCUCUAUCAGUCAACAAGGAUUACGAAAUAACGUACAUCCAAAUGAAGGACGAAGCCAACAAGACAUCCUUUGCUAUGGCGAACAAAGUCAUGAAAACACUUGCUGCUUCUGACGUGGAUGUUAUUCUACUUUACGUCAGAGACAGUUACAAAUCAGUGCUCCUUCCAAUGGAAGCGUGCAAUCCAAAAAAGUCGUAUGUUUGGAUAAUACAGGAAUCGAUCUCCGACUACAUAAAGUCCCACCCAGAUCACAUGACAGUUGGUUUUCACCUCCCGCGGGAACAGAGCUCAUUGCCAUCAAAGAACACCUCGCUUUUUCAGGACAGUAUCAAUCUCAUCUCCGAUACAACAUCUGUGGUUUCCAUGGCAAUGGAUAGGUUACUAGGUUCUGGGAUCUGGUUGCCAGGCAACAGUACUUCUUCUCUACUGUUGAACAGAAAAAGAUUGUAUGAAAAGGCAAUCAAGACAACGAUCACUGGAAAGACAGGUCUGGUCAAGUUUAACAAGAAAGGCGAAAGGCUUGUACAGCAGUUGACUAUUGUAAAUUUGAGAAACGACGUCUUUGUUAAGAUUGGAACAUGGUCCAAGAACUCUUCUAAACUUCGACUCGAUGGAGAAAUAAAACAAAAUGUCGAGCAGAAAAASAACCCUGCAACUCUACAGGGAAGGAGACUGUCCGUCACGACCAUGGCGAUUGAGCCUUUUGUAUUUAAGACCAUGCUCCCCGAUGGCACGAUUAAUUACACUGGAUUCUGUAUAGAUUUGCUACAAAAACUGGCAGCUGAUUUGAAGUUCACUUACGAUAUUCACGAACCACCUGAUCACCAGUAUGGUUCCAUACACAAUGGUUCGUGGAAUGGCAUGAUACGAGAAAUAAUAGACGGAGAGGCGGACAUGAUUGUAGCAGACAUCACCAUAACCGGAGAACGUGAAAAAGCGGUAGACUUCACCGUAAGCUACAUGUACUACAGAGAAAAUAUGGUGAUGCGAAAAACACCAAUAGAACACAUAAACUAUUUUCAGUUCAUGGCUCCCUUCACAGAAGGGGUAUGGGGGACGCUUUUCUUAAGUUUUCUUGUGGUCUCGUUGGCGUUGUUUCUCAUAAACUAUUUCAGUCCGUAUGGACACAAAAAUGAUGAAGGAAGGAAGACAUCUGAGGAGUUUCRGUUUUUCAACUGUUUCUGGUUCUCAAUUGCAUGUAUGUUGCAACAAGGAGCGGAACAUUUGCYCAAAGCCUUCUCAGGUCGUGUACUAGUUGGCUUCUUCUGGUUUUCAAUCCUCCUCUGGAUAUCAACGUAUACAGCGAAUCUGGCAGCAUUUUUUACCGUCAACAACUUGGUCUUUCCAAUAACAAGCUUCCAACAAGCAGUCGAUUCUACCGAAUACGAAAUGGGUCUUUCAAGAAAAUCCCAUUUGUACACGUUUUUUUCGACCUCUCAGGUGGAGCUCUAUCAAAGAGCCUGGAGACUAAUGAAGAACAUUCCUAAAGAUAAUCCCACUGGAAUCCAAUGGGCGAGGGAACGUCAGUACAUCCAUAUUGCAAAUGGACCGCUACUGGAGUAUGAGAUCAACAAACCACCGUGUGAUCUUAUAAUAAUUCCAGGGCUGGAGACCCCCAAGAGCUACGGUAUUGCUCUAAAGACGGACGAUCCCCAUCUACAACAAAUAUCAUUAGGCAUCCUACACCUUCGAGACACUGGCUUCAUUGACGCGUUGAAAAGAAAAUACUGGGACAGUAAUAGCAAGUGUAAUACGAAUAAUAACCAAAAAAUAACUCGCAGUACMAUUCAGUUGUCCAGCAUGGCUGGUGUGUUUGCUGUUUUAGCUGUUGGGUGCCUAGUUUCAGUCAUAGUACUAGCCUUAGAAAUCUACUGGUAUAAUAAUGGUGCAAGAAUAAGGGAGAAAGUAGAAUUAUUACCCAAUUGGAAAGUUUCUCUAGGUUUUACGGGAAAAUGGUUCCGAAGGAAUAACGACUUGCAUAUGGGCAGAGUCAAUCAAGCGGCUGAAGUAGAUGAAGAAAAAGGAUGAAAAUUCCUGAUACAUUUAGCAACGACUAAACGAGCGGAAAGAUGACAGGGCCGAAGUCGACAGGGCCGAAGACUCUAGUACCGGUUGGUCCGGUUUGAACCGUACAUUUUUUAACCAUCAGAACCAUUUUCCUCCCUUGUCAGUAAAAAAUAUUCAUUACAUAAGUAAAUAGAAAAAGCAGAACCACUUGUUUUGAAAACUGGACCACGACCCAAAUGGUGGCUUUGGUUCUGGUUAAUUUUGAUGCCUUGGGAAGAUAUAUUUUUUCGUCGCAUUUUCGAGCAAUAAUUUAUUUGAGGAUGGUUGGAAUAUUUAUGAAGGAUGAAAGAAAAAAAAAAUUAAUCCAAGUAAAAUGACAAAGAAAAGCCAAAGAAAACUUCAUCUAGUUGUAAAUAGAAUCUUUUUGUAAUAAAACUGAAGAUGUCAAA